GGUGUGAGUCUUAAGUACCUUUUGGACUUCGGCACGCAGCCUCUGGAGCGCCAGAUGUUGCUGUCCGCCCGCUUCCUGCACGCCGAAAUCCCCAUCCGUCUGGCGCACCGGCUGAUGGACCUGAACCACCUGCCGCCCAAACUCAGUGAAGAGCCCCACGUGCGGCGAGUGAAGGGCUGGUACGCUGAGUCGUUUGCCGACUUCCGCUCCUUCCCCGCCAUCAAAGACCACCUGGACGUCCUCCGCUUCACGGCCAUGCUGAAGAAGGCGUUUCGCCGCCACAAUAACGUGGUGCCCGCCAUUGCCAAGGGGGUGGAGGAGUACAAGAGGGACCUGCAGGUGGGUGUGGAGUCGACUGAGGAGCGGGAGAGUGAGAUCCAGCACUUCCUGGACACCUUCUUCCUCUCCCGCAUCGCCAUUCGCUUCCUCGCGGGCCACCACAUCUCCAUGCUCGACCCCCCCCGCCCCGACCACAUCGGUCUGGUGCACACGCGGUGUAGCCCGUACUUGGUGGGGCUUAGGUUUCCUGCAAAGGCCUUUGUGUGGAUUGCACAACAACAACCCUUCCCCCUUCCCCGUGUGUGGUUCGUCUUUCCCCCUUCCCCCCCUCCCCCUCCCCUCCCCGCGGGGACCCCCCAGGUGUUUGAGCUGGUGAAGAACAGCUUGCGGGCGGUUCAGGAGCGGUUCAGUGAGUCGGAGUGGGAGCCGCCGCCCAUCCAGGUGGUGGUGGCGGAGGGACUGGAGGACGUGACCAUCAAGGUAUCCGACCAAGGGGGCGGCAUCCCCCGUUCAGGUCUGGCCCGCAUCUGGACCUACCUCUACACCACCGCCUCCUCCCCCCUGCCCGAUGUGGACAUUGACAGCACCAACAUGCCUGUCGUACUGGCGGGGUACGGCUGCGGACUGCCGCUCAGCAGGCUGUAUGCCAGGUAG